AUGACGGGACAGGACGAUGUGGACAUACCCGCAACAGGAGCCAUCUUCACAUUUGGAAAGAGCAGUUUUGGUGACAACAUGCCUGGUAAAUUCUGGUUGAAGAAUGACCAGCCAGUGCAUCUAUCUUGCGGAGGAGAGCACACUGCUGUCAUUACAGAAAAUGGCAGGUUGCUCAUGUUUGGUGGUAAUACUUCGGGCCAACUGGGGCGUGGAUUUAAGCCUGCAGCUACCAAACCUGAAACUGUGAAAGCCUUAAAGUCUGAGAAGGUGAAACUUGUAGCUUGUGGGAGAAAUCACACAAUUGUCUGCACAUGGAAGGGUAGUGUGUUUGUUACUGGGGGUAACCAGGAGGGGCAGCUUGGUUUGGGCCACUGCAACAACACCACAUCCUUUCACCUGCUGCAGUCCUUCUGUGACCGUGCACCAAUCAAAAUGCUUUCUGCAGGAUGCAACACCUCAGCUGCCUUAACAGAGGAUGGGAGGCUCUUCAUGUGGGGAGACAACGCCGCGGGUCAGAUCGGUUUAGGGAAAAAGAGCUUUGCAGCAGAACCCACACAGGUGGAUGUUGGGAGAGCGGUGAUGUGGGUCUCCUGUGGGUACCACCAUUCAGCAUUUGUCACAGCGGAUGGAGAUCUCUACUCGUUUGGCCACAGCGCCAAUGGAAGGCUUGGUCUCCAGGUGGAGCAGCUGGCCAAUCACAGAGUCCCUCAGCGUGUGCAAGGGUUUCUGGGUGAUGUCACCCAGGUGUGCUGUGGAGGGGAGCACACUGUGGCCCUCGCAGAGAACAAUGUGUACACGUUCGGCAGAGGUCAGUACGGCCAGCUGGGCCACGGGACGUUUCAGUUUGAAGCUGAUUUGCCAAAACCACUGGAGCACUUUUGUAACAGCAGCAUCAAGCAUGUCGCCUGUGGAGAGAACCACACCGCUGUGAUCACAAGUAACGGGCUUCUCUACACGUUUGGUGAUGGUCGCCACGGGAAACUGGGAUUAGGGGUGGAGAACUUCAUCAACCAGUUCAGACCAACGCUCUGCGCACGUUUUCUCAAGUACAGUGUUCGGCUGGUGUCGUGCGGUGGCGACCACAUGCUGGUGCUGGCUGAACCCAGACUGGAAGAGGACGUCCCAAUCAGAGAGAGCUUUUGGGAACCAGGUGACAUGGAAAUGCUGCUGCUGGACACUUUGAUUGAUCCUAAUCCGAUAUUCCCAAUCACGGCCCUCGCUGCUCGAGCUCGCCACAGAGACAAAGGAAACUCUGUGGAGCAGUUUGGAGAGAUAUUUCACAACCUUCCACGUCUGAAUUCAGAUUUCCUCAACACUUCCUGGCAAACGUCCAGAAAUAUCUUGACUCCAAAAACGUCCUCGAAGGAUUUAGUCGCCCCUUCAUCUGCCCCGAAAUCAGCAGUGAAAAUAAGCCCACAGCCCUCCUGUAGAUCUCAAAUCUCAUCCCUUAAGUCAUCGAGCCCACAUUCUGCUGCUUCUUCUAAGUCCAAAUUCAAAGAGCUCCGUUCUGCCUUACCAUCACCAAAGACUAUAACUAAACAUAGCACCAUAGCAUCUCACAAGAGGUCUUCAAGAAGAAGACUGUGUGGAGCGGCAACCGCCAACAAGGCCUUAAUUGAUGAAUCUCCUCUAACACCGCAAGAGCCCUGCAGUCCCACCAGACCCUCCAGUGACAUUUCCAAUAACCAUCAUCCUACCUCGCCUGAAACAGAGGGAGAUGCUUCUCAUGGAAGAAUUGCAGUAGAAGAAGUGAAUGAGAAUAUUUCUGAGGAUGGAAUCGGCCCAGACUUUUUGACAAACAUGGAGAAGAAGAAAGGCCCAGCUCUUAGAAGAACACCGGACGAAGGACAUUUGUUUCAGUUCAAUGGGAAUCCAGGACAAAAGUCUCCUACGGCCUCGCCCGCAGUGCUCGUGAAAAGCUGUUUGAAAAACACAUUUAAAAGCAUCUCACCCGAAGGCAAAGAGAAUAGCACCAAGCAGUCCAAUAAAGUCAGAACUCACGAACAAACUCGGAAAGAACCCUCCGAUUUUGAAUCACCAAAACUAUCUGAGUCAAGCCAAAAAACUCCACAAUCUGUCAGGAAGACACUGACUGAAGCACAACGGGGACUGAAUAAAGUGAAGGGAAAUGACAGGAGAAAAAGAAUUGUGAAAAAAUGCAACAUAAACAAAGAGGAAAUGGAGGCCGUCACUUUAAAGAAAAACUUGGGGGGGGCAACAAAACAGGAGGAAAAUAAAUCGUCUUUUCAAAAGACACCUCAUGGUAUCGAGAUCACAGAAGGAAAUGAAACAACAAGCAAAAGUGGAAGUGGGUCACCUGUAGAAAAAGAUGCUGAAAUCCAGAAUGAAAGCACAGAAGUCAGACGUGUUGAAGUGCAGGUGCAGCGAGUUAAAUCAACCACAACAAAAGAUUUGCACAAGGUCGGCACUGCUCUGGGAAAAGGUCAAAAUAAAGCACCGGAUUCAAAAUCAGCACCAGUGGGGAAAGAAACCACACGUGUUCAGAUUAAUACUAAUAAAACUGGAAGGGUGAAAUCUACACCUGUGAAAGUUGAAGGUGAACUGCAAGAAGUCAAAACCACACUAGUCAGAAAUCAAAGUAAAUAUGGAGGAAACACUUCAAUCAAAAGUAAAAGCAAAGCAAACGUUUUAGAAAAAGAGUCAAACAGUCCGCAAAUGAGUGACAUGACUACAGAUGAGCAAAAGAUGCCUGACGCUGAAAAGUCCAAGCUCAAGGCUGAAAGAAAAACCGGAAGAGAAGGAGGUGAUGAAGUCCGAGUGGAAGGAGAGGAAGACUCUGAAGUCAUGACCAGGGCCAAACCGAGAAGCAAGGAGACCGAGGCUUCCAGCUCGCCGAUAUCCCAGCAGGAUACACCGCUCGAACUCCGGAGUAAACCCAUUUCCUCACAAAGAACCGGGGCGGUUCCCAACGGGGGGGCGAACUCCCUGCCGGCCUCGGCACCUGUUGGGCAUCUGAUUGUUUCUGGAACGCGCAGAGAGGAAACUCAGAGCCUCACCGAAGAAGAGCCGAGGUGGGGGGAGAUCCUCGGUGCGGCGGCACGUCUUCUUCCGGCUGCUGGGACGGCAGCUGCAGCUGUGGGGCUGCUCGGUGAGGCGGUGACGGCCGUGGCGAUGCUGCAGUCUGAUAGUGACCCAGUUACCCCCACAGCCCCCAAGACGCCGGGUCGAGUGAAACAUUUCACGAAGCAGGGGGCAGUCACGCAGCCUUCGUUUUCCCCGACGGUGUCACAUUUUUCUUCCACAGAAGGUCCAAGUUCGCCGGAAGGAAGCACGAGGAAAGGCGGUCCGGUCAAGGAGAACGUGGUUUCAGAAGAGGAGGGUCGUGACGCCACUCGGUCACAACAGCGGGUGAGGAAAAUGGACGGGGGGGGAGACUUCUCACAAACAAAUCACGAGAACAGCGGCGCAGAUGAGGGAACUUCUCAGCAAAAACACGAAGGAGACGAGAAAACGCACACAGAUCGCGGCGGAGAAGAAGCCGAUACUGUAGACGAGGAAAAGGAGGUGGAUGAAGAAUGUAGAAGCAAUGUCAAAGACAAAGAGGAAGAAGAAGAAGAAGGGGGAGGUGAAAGUAUCAAUGACUUAGAGGAGAGUGUUACAGCAGCGACUGAGGAAGAGCAAGAUCAUGAAACCUCAGAGGGUGAGGAAACAGGUUCAAACAGUGAGGAAGAGGAUGAAGGAAUUGAGAAGGCUCAUGUGAAUGACACGGAUGAUGGGAAAGAAGAAAGCAGUGAGAGAGGAGGGGGAGCAGGAAGUGAGUCUGGUGAAAGUGAAGAAUCUAGUGAAGAAGAGGAGGAGAGUGAGGUGAGCGAGGAUGAGGACGAUGUUGGCGUUGAGGACUCUGGCAGCAGCAAAGAGGAGGAGGAGGACGGACACAGAGGUGACGCUUUAGAGUCCGAUUCUGAAGUAGAAGAAGAAGAAGAAGAAGACAAAGAAAGCAUUGAGAAUGAGGAAGAUGAGGAACUAAGAAAUCUCGACAAAGGUGAGGAUGAAGAGGACAACUCAGAUGAAGGGGAAGAGGAUAAGAGUGAAGGGGAGGAGAAUGAGACACAGGACAAAGCAAGUAAGGAUGAAGAUAGUGAGCCCGAUGAAGACGAGGAAAACCAGGAUAUAAGUGAGGGGAAAGAAGAGGAGGAGGAAUGUGAGACUGAAGCAUCUGUAGAUGAGGGAGAAGAUGAGGACAAGACUGCUGUUGAGGAAGAAGAGGGUGAGGAUGAGGAUGAGGAAGCAGAAGAAGGA